AUGGAUUUCCUUCAAUCCACCUCGAACGCGUCUCAGUCUUCAACUUCUGAACUCUCAUUUUCUGGGUUCUCGUUAGUUGAAUACAAAUCUGAGGAUCCUCUUGCGCAACUGGCGAAGGAAGUGAAGCAGCAGCCAUUCACCACCAACAAGAGCUUACAAAAGUCCUUGGAACGCCGUCAACGAGCUCUCGAACAAGACCAAACUCGGGAUCAGCACCUCAUAUUUACGUCUGUCCCCCCGGUGCAAGCUUCCAGACUAAGUGAUGAGCGGUCGCGAACAAGCAAGUACUGUCGAUUCUUUUUCAAUGCAGAAACGGGAAUCUUGAUCGCGAAAGUCAAGCUAAAUUUUGCACAUGAGCUUGCAAUAAGUUUAUUUGAGGAAGUGAUCACUUUCGAGCUGCAUGCGGUACAAGUCCGUCGUAACAUAAGACCUUUUCGUUCGACAACAGUUACGAUUGGAAAUUGGACAAAGGAGGCUGACUGUUGUUGGGCUCCAGCUUUGACAAAUGCAAGACUGAGUUUUGUGGUGGAAGUAGGAUUGUCAGAGUCUACGCGGCAACUUGCUCUUAGUGCGCGGAGUUGGCUUGAGACUUACUCCUCAUCUGUGAAACUUGUGGUUACGAUUAGCAUUCAACGGGAAAAUCCCGAGAUCAUCUUACGCCGAUGGGAACUUGGUUCUCGACAAUCCAGCGUCGUUACAAGACCAUCCCUUCCUUCAGCGCAUUGUACCUCAUUCCUCAAAUUAUCUCGAACAAACAACACAACAUCAGUUACCGGGGAGUCCUAUAUAAAUGUCAUAACUACGACCACUACACAGUUGGACCUACCCUUCAGCAAGAUUGUUAACCGUCCUCCCCAGCAACCUCCGGAGAGAGACUUAGUGAUACCCGAGCAAGAGCUGAGAAGUUUUGCCGAGGAUAUCUGGAGUGUGCAGGGUCUCCUAUAA